AUGAGCAUGUCGACGAUAAAAGAUGUAUUUGUCAAUUGUGCUAUUAGCUUCGCAUGUCAAAAAUUUUACACAACCUUAAGAAAAGCUGAGGUAGCUUGUAUUGAAACAUUAAACUGUACUAACGAAUCAGCUGCGAGAGAAACAUGUAAAAAUGUGCUUAGAUAUAAUGCUGUAGCGUUCCAAAAGAUACAAGCGUGUCGUUUGUACGAAGUUGAUGCGACUCUACCAUUCCGAUUGAUGAUGUCGGUAGUAUCUUAUGCUGUAGUUCUAAUACAGUUUGCAAUGAUAAAA